CUUCCCACUCCUCUUGCAUGAGACUAAGGGAUUAGUAGCAAAGCCUAGUGAAGAGCACUCAGUAAAAAACAGGAACCUUAGUAGUGGCAUUCUGAGGAUGGAAAAUGAAGUCUUUAGCUUUGGAGGAAGGAGCUGAACUCCAUGGAUCAGUCCAGGUGAGAAAGAAGAUAAGUAUGAAUUCACUUGGGUAAGUAUAUGUGUGUGUCUUGUCAAACAACCCGUAAUAGAUACAUUAGGAGGAGUUGCCUUGUAUUGUGUUGAUGCUUUUGAUGACCUGUAUGAGCCCUUAGUCUAUAAAAAAACACAUUCAACUAUGAGGAUGCUAAGUGAUGUAUCAGUUGUGUCUUGUGAGCUGAAUUUUCACCACAUUUUUAUAGCGAGUAUUAUCUAGUGUCAAGAGUAUUAUUUAAUGUUUCUACCAUAUUUUUAAAUAUUACUUUUGUAACUUUGAUAUAUAUUUAUUCGGACACACUUUUUUGAACUCACUCAUAAUGCAGUCUUUAGUGAAAUCUGCAGUGAAGUAUUUUGUCUCAUUAUACAGUUUAGCUUGUGAAAUGCAGAACUUCAGUUCUAUCAUAAGGAAACAGUGUGUGUUUCCAUGACGAUGAGUUAACGAUGGCUCCAGAUGGAGUCCACCUCCUGAAGGCAUUUGCAAAUUCGUUUCAUUCAUUCUCAUUCAUUUCCCAGAUCUUUAUAUGGUGUCGAAUACAUACAGAGACUAAAGAAUACCACUAUCCAAUCCAGACACAUCCUACUUACAUACAUUGAGAAGACAUUUCUCAGUGUGUCCUACUAAAUAGAAAUGGAGAGUAUUUAUCAUGCCUCUGACAGCCAAAGCACUGGCUGAGUGUGCUCCAUUCAGUAUUUCAGUGGUCUCUGUGUAGCUACUCACUGAAUAAGAUAAGCGCAUACUAAAUACAGCAAAAAUAGGUAUUUUGUUGCCAUGGGAACAUUCCUCAUGCCUUCUCCCCAUAUGGCAAACGACAUUUACAUUAAAAAAGGAGAUUAAGGAGGCUAUUUACUUGAAAUAUUUUGGUGCUAUUAUACUGUACCUCUGUCAAAUAGAAUUGAAUGCAUACAACAGUAAACUGACAACAAUCUAAACUCUUUAUUCAGGUCUUUGUUAGAAAGUUGAAUACAUAGUGUGAAGGGCCUGUUACCACCCACAGUGAGAGGAAAUAUGCUUGACGAGGAAAUGGACUCUGAAAAUCAAUAGUCAUUUUGGACUGAGCACCUUUAUCCUGUGAUGAAACCUUUCUAUCCUGAGAGGAGUGGUGUCUUCCAGGAUGACAAUAUCCUCAUCCUCAGGGCACGAGGGCUCAUAAAAUGGUUUGAUGAGCAAGAAAGUAACAUACACUAUAUACACACAAUUUUAAUUAAUUUAUUUAAAGCAAUAUUUUAUCUAUAUGCUUAAAGGGUUACCCCCAGCAUGCCUGCCAGUUAUCAAGUAAACAAGUUCCACAAAAAUGUUGGUUUUCUUUUUUAAUUGCUAUUCUGAAAUAAAGCACAGCACACUCCAGGUGUUCAAAAAAGUUUUGACUGGCAAUGUAUUUAUAAAAUAUUUGUUCAUUCAUGUUCCAUAAUGGAUUUACUGUAUCCUGGUCAGGAUUGCAGUGGAUCCAGUCUAUCCAAGUAGGUGGCAAUACCCCCUGGACUAGAUGCCAGGCCAUUGCAUGCUCAUUCACCACUAGGGGCAAUUUAGGGUAGCCAAACCUACAGCAAGGAAACUGGAGAACCCAGAGGAGACCCGUGCAGAUGCAGGGAGAACAUGCAAUAUUCUAAACAUACAGUAACCCAAGUUCAGGAUCAAACCAGGGACCAUGGAGUUGUGAGCCAGCAACACUACCCACUGCACCACACCACCAUGCUGUCUCUGCAUGCGGUUUUAGUCUAACAGGGAUAUGAUACUCUACUUUUGGCCUCCAAAUGUUUUUGAAACUGUGUCUAUUUACAAUUUCACUGGUAUGUACUGUUCAUCAUAACCACAUAUUCUAUCCUCAUUUUCAGCAGCAGCAUACAUAUGAAAAAGAUACUUUGUUUUUUUUCCCCCAUUCUGCUCCAGUAAAGUGUGUGUGUGUGUGUGCGCGUGUGUGUGUGCAUGUGUGUGCAUGUGUGUGUGUGAAAGAAAGCGUAUGACUGAGAGAGAAAGGAACUGGGUGUCAGAUCACAUCUAAAUAGUCAGUAGCCAUGAGUUGUGCCUGGGGUAGUGGAAAAGCCAGGCAACCCAGUGGGACAGACCAUUAUAUUUAUAGAGAGAGAUGAGAGGUUUGACCUUCACUGUUCAUUGAGGAUCAACCAUUUAGAGCAAUAACUCAACAUGCUCAAUACUAUAGAUACAAGUGUCCUAUAUGUUGAUUGCCACAUGUUCUUCAAUACAUGCAUUGAGCACAUUAUUUCUUUUAGUUCAAUACCUGUUUUGUCAAUAAUAUGCUUCAAUCAUUAUUUUUAGACUCUAUAGUGUUAGAAUUUCACUUAAUAAAUAAUUUGUAUAAUCAUAAUAAUGUAAACUCUUUAACAUCUGUACUAGAUUUGAUUCAAAGCCAUUUAAACAUAUGCAUUAUCUCAUGCUAUUUAAACUCUCUCAUUCAUAGCAGCACCCAGUUGUUGUUGUUUUUUUGCAAUCCAAACUUGGUAUUUAUAGCAGGGCAAAUAUUUGUAAUUGUGUAAAUUGUUUUACAUUAAGCAUUUAAAUGACACAGACAAUUGCUUAAAAUUUUAUGAGGUUUAUAUGAUACAUUAUGAAUUUCUCUUUCUAUAAUUGAAAUUUAUUAUAAGGUGAUUUUUAGUUGAGCAUUUUCAUGUACUGUGCUGAGUCUUGUCAGCAUGUGUUGGUAGUUAUGCCAAGUAGCGUACCCCUUGAAUACGCCUUUUAUAUUGUUAGAUUGAGUUAUAUUGUUAGUUAUAUUGAAUACUUUCUUAUCUAUAAUAAGCAAAAAGCAUUUUAUUUAAAGGCACGACACAAUUCAUGGUGUACAUACUUAUCUAUGCAGUUCACACUGAAUGAAUGAUGUCUGUGCACUGCUUUCCAUGCCUUUCAAAGUGGUCUUCACUGUGGGCUGUUGCAUAACCCCUAACAGGGCCCCUUUGCUAUUUUUGUUCCUGGAUACACGUCUCAGUGAGGUAUUUUCUGUGGUGACUCGCUUACAUCAGUAGGUCUGAUAGUGUACCCUCAAUACACACGAUGUGGAUCAUUGAUGGGGCUUAUCUUUGGCUUAUUAGGCUUUAAAUCUGUUUUCUUUGAGGGUUACAUACUGGAAUAUGGAAAAUGGGAAUUGUAAAGGGAGCUGGAAAUGACUGGAGAUACUGGACAAGGCUGUAUUUGAACACCAGAGGGAGACCCAAGAAUGAGAUCAGAGUGACCUUGAGAGGAGCGCUGGAGAAUCCUAUCACCUCUAGAGACCCCUCUAUACCACCUCCACCUCUUUGUAUAAAGUGAAUUUUGACAGUGGCAAUGUUUCAAAGUAAACUGAAGUAUGUGGUUCAGGUUUCUUUUCUGACAUAAUGAUGUGAAGUCUUCUGAUGUCCUAAUUAACACAAGCUAAGAGGUCUGCACCAGAUAAUCUUAUAUAACCUCAUUAAAGUCACAUUGUUCGAUGUGAAGAUAUGAACUACUCCUGGUUGUCUUUCCUGAUGCUGUUAUUGGUGUUUUAUAUUUUACAAAAAUGAUACAUUAAUAGCAGUGUUUGUUUACUGUUAUGCUAAUUAAGUGAAAGCUUAUUUAACUCUCAUCAAAUAGCCCUACUACCUGUCAGCUGUACCCCAUGGCAGUCAUGUCAGCUGUCUAGAAUCAGUAGGUUAUAUGUAGGUUAUAAAAUAUGUGGGUUAUAAAAGUAAAAAAGUAACCACCUUAGGAAAUGUGGAAUGUGUUUAUACUGAAAUAUAUUUUCAAAUCAGAAAGUUAGGCUGCUCCUUUCCACAGAUAUGUGACAUAUACAUUACAAGCUUGCUAUAAAAGUGGCCAUUUGCACUAUAAAUAGUCAUAGGCAAACAUGAAAAGGGAUGCAGCUGUUAGAUAGUGCUUAAUCACCUUGGCAUCAUACAAACUCUGUUUAGAAAUUUAUUUGUUAAUAUAUAAUAUUGAAUUAAUUUGUCUUCUUCUUCUUCAACUUCUUCUUCUUAUUCUCUUCCUCUUCUUCUUCUUAUUAUUAUUACUAUUACAGGAUGUUUUAUUAUAAUAGAUAUGUAAAUUACUUUCUGUGAUAUUGAAAAGUCCAGGUGACAUUUAUUCUUUUCAGUACAAUUUUCAUGUGUUAUUAUAUUUUGAUGCAUCAUUAUAUUUGUCUUUAUUACUUCCCUUUAGAUAACCUGGAACUGGUACAUAAGACUAAGAGUACACUGAAGAAGGAAUAAAACCAGAAAUGAAAACAUUGGAAAGAAAAUUAUCCAUCAUUUUUUGAGAAUCACGCUAUCAACCUGAAGACUACAUCUGUACAAUUUGGAACUUAUGGCACUUAAACAAGAUAUUACACCAAAUUAAUUAGGACAUUUUAUACAAUGCAAUCCUGAAAAAUGAAGUAGCAAAGAUGUAGCAAACAUAAGUAUUGAUAUUAAAAAAAUAAUAUUUGCAUCAUGGCAACUCCUGAACCCGCUACUGCAGUAGGAUGUUCCCCAAAGGGAGGCACUUUGAAAGAAGACAGAUUUUCUGAUUCUGAAAUGGCCCAAAGAGAUCAUUUUCCUGACACCAAGGACAACAUACCACUAACAGAAAGAUCCCACAGAGAUGAUUUGAGGUCAUGUCCCAGUACUGAGACACAAACAGUGGGGUCAGGAACUAGUCCCCCCUUACAAGCCAGUGAGCAGAACCCAAUCUACACAUGGAGGAAGACACAGCGUUUCCCUCCCCCUGGCAAACGGUUCCAAUCAAGUGUUAACCUUCUGUCAGCAGGUGUGCACAAAAAAGAGCUGAAAGUGAAGAAGACAGGAAAGUAUGUGUGCCAUUACUGUGGGAGAGCAUGCGCCAAACCCAGUGUGCUGAAAAAACACAUACGUUCUCACACUGGUGAGCGACCUUAUCCAUGUGUUCCUUGUGGAUUCUCAUUCAAAACUAAAAGCAAUUUGUACAAACACAGAAAGUCUCACACACAUGCUGUCAAAGCAGGAUUGUUUCCAUUUUCAGAGCAAGAUAGGAAGCUUAGUAGUAUGGAUGAAGUGACAGUUGGAGUAGGAGAAAUGCACUCGGAUGCUGAGCAGAGCAGUGACACUGAUGAGGAGGUGAUAGAAGGGGCAGCUCUUGCACAGAGGCAGCCCUUGCACAGGGGCAGCUCUAUCCAAAUGACGGACAGGGGGAAUACUGUACAGGAAAAGUUUGGUAGACAUACACAAAAGAUUCCUGGGAUAACCUUUACACAAAGUUCAUCAAAUGAGAGUAUAUCAGGAAAAGUAUCUUUAUGGCAGUUUAGAGAAAUGAUGACACCUGUUACUGUCACUCAGGUGGACCAAGAACUUGAGUCUUCUACCAUAAAGCAAAGACUUGCCCUUAGGCUUUCAGAGAAAAGAAGUCAAGAUUCUCUCUCUCUCCCCAGCUCAUACAGCAAAGGCAGCACUGACUCUGGCUACUUUUCACGCUCAGAAAGUGCAGAACAGCAGUUCAAUCAACCCAGUGCAAAUGCCAAGUCAUACCAAGAAAUUAUGUUUGGGAAGUGUUAUAGACCAAGCGCCAAGCCAAGGCAAUCAAUCACUGUACAGACUUGCAUGACAGACAUAAAUGAGACUCCAUCCAGUUUUAUGAUUAAAUUGACCAAAGGAAUGGCACCUGAGGACGCCACAUGCCAUUUGCACAGACGCAAAAAAGACCUGGCUAGAUCAAUAAAAAUCGAAUCAGAAUCUUUUCAAGAAGAAGAGUAUCAGGAAAUCCCAGAAAUGUUUCAGUGUAGGACUGAGCUAUUAGAAACCCCACCAGAAUGUGGUUUACUAUUACGGAGCAACUCUCUUCCAACACCAUCUGAUUCCAAUGUAAGUACACCACGGGCGCUAAGAAGCAGUAAUUCUUUUGAUGAGAGGAUGACAAAUGAGGAAAUCUCCUUUCGUAGCUCCAUGGGCAUGAGAAAGCUCAUGAGACAGGCUGCCUUUGAACAUUCUGCACAUGAAGGACAUGGAGAACCGGAUAACCACACUUUGGUUUAUGGCCUGAAAUCAGAGCCAAAAGUUGACAGUGCUGAUGAUUCUAAAAUUGGAAUAGAGAAUUGUCCAGAAUCAGAGUCAUGCCUCAUGUUUCAAAACCACAUGAUGGAAAAUGCUACAAGGAAACGUAGAAAAGGAAAGAACAUAAUGGAAGAGGAAGAUUUUCCAACCCAAAAUAAGCCUUCAUGCUUGCCUGACCUCACAGGGGACCUUUGUACAAAGCAAGAUAUUAUGGAUGCUACAUAUACUGAUACAGAGAGAUGGGCUGGCAGCAAUGUUAUCUCUGUAAUUCAGCACACAAAAUCAUUAAGUAGGCUGAGUUCUGCAGAGAAGUCCACUGAUUUUGAAUCACAACAGUUCAAUAAAAGUACAGUUUAUCAGUUAAUUGCAAAGGAGCAGAUUAAGGAAAAGUACAAAACUGACUCACUCAUGCAUUCUGGUAAAAUAGAGAGUCAAUACAGUGGAAGUAGUUUGAUCUACCAGUGGUCUCAUUUAUCUAAACAACUAGCUUUUCAGUCUGGUAUUCAAGUUCCAGAGAUUAGAGUUACAGAGGAGCCUGACAAACCAGAAAAAGUAAGAGACUUGCAGGUUAGACCAAAUGAAAAAAACAGAGAAGAAUUCCAGUGGCCUCAGAGGAGUGAAACUUUGUCAAACUUCCCAGUUGAAAAGUUACCGCCAAAAAAGAAACGCUUGCGUUUAGCUGAGAUGGAAUGUUCCUCUGGUGAAUCAAGCUUUGAAUCUGCUUGUACUAGUCUCUCCAGAAGCCCAAGUCAAGAUAGCAAUUUAUCUCACAGCUCAAGCUUUUCACAAUCACUUGACAGAGAGGAAAGUAUGAAUGUCGCAUCUCCUGCUAAAUCGGAUGAGUUUAAUAAGUGUUUGGAGUUCUUGUCUGUUCCAGGAAGCUCAGUAAGCCAACAGAGGGAGAUGAGGCGCUCUGCAUCAGAACAGGCACCCUGCAACUUACCCACUGAAUUACCAGAAUUUAGAAGCAAGUCCUUUGACUAUAGCAACCUUUCUUUUGCAAUGAGCCCUAUCCAAAGUGACAUCUACCCCAGUGAAUGUGGAUUUAAAGAACGAAGAAGAGGCUGUUUGGUUAGACAGGCUUCUUUGAGUGGUGAUCCAGAGACUUCAGCACAUGAUAAAUCUAUUGAGAUGAAUGCUACACAGGGAAGCUCAGAUGCAGUUGAAAUGGGCAGGAAAAUGUCUUCAUCAGACAAACAGAUUUUGUUGGAAGGUUCCUUUAGUGGCAUUGAGAAAAUGAGAUACUCUUCGUUGCAUGGAAGUGUUUCUCCACAGCAGAUAAUUACACCGGACUUGUCUAGAAUGCCAGAGCAAAUACCCCAUAAACAGCCUCUUCUUCCCCAGACUUUACAGAUGCAUCAGUAUCAUGGCCUAAAGCAGAAAAUAAAGAAAGAACCUGAAGAUUUAAAAACAGCAGAAGAUCCUAGAAUCGCUCUGGCAGAUCUACCAGAAGACCAUUCACACAGUGUGACCAAUGUCCUGUCAACAAUAGCAGUUCUUUCACAAGCUCAGCCUUCUUUAGCCAAUCAGAGCUUACAUGGUUUGUUAGUUCCAGUCAGAAUUCAGAUGCAAGUACCAUGCUAUGGAAACAUCACAUACACUAGUAUAUCUCAUAUUCUGGAUUCUCAAUAUGCGAUAAACUUAGCACCUAAUAAUGUUUUCACUCAAAGUCAAUGUUUGAGUGUUACAUCACAACACAGAGUAGGUUCUGAUGUAUAUCAAACACCAGCACAUCCAAGAGAACUUCUGCACAACACACAGUCAUCACCUGCAAAACUGAAUACAGGCAUACCUCUGUCCUUGACCUCUAGAACCAUUUCAACUACGGAGGCUCCAAGCAGUGGAUGUAGUAAGCGAAUGCUUUCUCCUGCCAGUAGUAUUGAGCUCUUCAUUGAAGCAACUCAGCAAAAACGAGUCAAAGAUGAGAAUAUGUAUGGACAGAUUGUAGAAGAACUUAGUGCUGUAGAAUUAGGACAUCCUGAUCAUGGAAAAGAGAAACAGAAAAACGAGAGUAAGUCAACACAUGUACAAAAUCCAUCUGUGACUAUUGAGGAGAUUGAAAUGAAGGAUCCUAAUAUAGACUUCUACCAUAAAGCAGGCUUACCAUUGCCCAGCAGUGUUUCUCCAGAAGCAGUUUUGGUAAAUAAUUUGCCUAUACCAGUGCAGAUUGCCACAACGACCUUACCUAGAGACAUUGCCAAUAUUGGGAUACUAUCUCAGUUUCCAGGUCUUCACACUACAACAUGUGUGAGUUGGUGUUAUCUCAAUUGUUCCAAACCAAACAGUACUCAAACAGCACCUAAUUUCUCUGUGUAUGCCGCUUGGUUCAUGAGAUGCCACAAUCCAAAUCCACCAAGUCUCAGUACUGGAAAGGCCCUUGCCCUUCUCCAAUCUAAACAGAAGAAACAAAAUUCCACAUAUACAAUCGCAGCCAUGUAUCAACCAGGAAUACUUGUUACUUCAACUAUGUCAAGUCACAAACAGGAUCAGGGGACCAUUGAGGCUAGGGUGGGAGACAUAACAUAUGAUACACAAAUGAAAGAUAUUAAGCAAAAAUGUAGACCUUCACGUGAGAAUAGCAAGGAAACUGAGGCACCUUUAAGGCAAACAGAGCCCGCUCGGGUAAAGAUUUUUGAAGGCGGGUACAAAUCAAAUGAGGACUAUGUGUAUGUCAGGGGACGUGGCCGUGGGAAGUAUAUUUGUGAAGAGUGUGGUAUUCGAUGUAAAAAACCUAGUAUGCUAAAGAAACACAUACGUACUCACACAGAUGUGAGGCCCUACAUAUGCAAAUGCUGCAACUUUGCCUUUAAAACAAAAGGGAACUUGACUAAGCAUAUGAAAUCAAAGGCACACUUGAAAAAAUGCCUUGAGCUUGGUGUUUCACCCAUGAAUUUGGACAAUACAGAUGUUGCUGAACAUGAAGAUGAUGUACAGAAAUCAUUAGAGAUCAGACCAGUAACGGAUGCAGCCAUUAAACAUCAGUUCUCAGAUGUGGAUGACUCAGAUGGGGGUGAGGAAGAUGGAGAUGAGCCAGAUGAUGAUGAAGAUGAUGAAUAUGAUGGGGACACUACGCCAAGAACCCAUUCCAGAAGCACAAGUCCUCAGCCUUACACAAUUAACAAACCAUUUCCCACCAUCUGCUUCACUAAGAACUUAGAUCCUAAAGAAAGGCUUGAAGCAUCAUCAGUCAGUAAUGAGGAUGAUCUGACUCUUGAGCAUACAAGCACCUCAUUUGAUCCCUGUACACUUCAACUGCUCUCUCCUUGUUGGGACUCACCUCAUCAAAGGAACAUCUGUCAACGAGGGGAUCUGUCCCCACAAGGUCAUCUGACAACAGGAAGGGCUCCCUCCCCCUUGAGACCCAUUUUUCCAAGGCGAGAUGUAAACAUCAGAGGGGAUCUCUCACCCAUUCGCCAGCUCUCACCUGUAAGGCCCAUUUCACCAGCGACAGAUGUUUCAAGAUAUCGUGCAUCCUCCCCACGUGGUCACCACAGAGGCAUGCUUAGGGCUGCAUCACCACGCAGGGGGACCUAUCAGCAUAGAUCCUAUGUGGAUUCACGCAGGGAGAUAAAAUGUGAAGCCUCUUCCCUAAUACAAAGCAUUGCAAUGUACCCAGAAAUGGAUAAGCCAGAGGCCAUUCUUCAAAAUGUCACUGAUGGCAUACACUUUGGUAGCGAUGCAUCUACCCUCCCCAGCCGAGGCAUCUUCAGCCACUUGCCUUUGCACUCUCAACAGCAGGUACAGACUCCCAUUCCAAUGGUCCCCAUUGGAGGUUUAAGAAUGCCUUCCGUCUGCCCAUCUGGUGUUUCUGUAGAGGGACACUCGCAGUCAUUACCACAGGGGGACAUAUCAGAGAGGGCUAAUUCCAGGCUAGCGUCAGUUUCUAUUCCAGAACCUGGAGUAAGCAACAUAUCAUCCCAGAGGAAGGAGCAGCCAACAUCUUGCACUGGCCUUGCCUGCAAGGACAACAAGCAGGAGGAGAGUGUGCACAUCUGUGCAGAGGCUAUUGCAUCCCUCAGGAUCACAUCAGAGGAUAUCAUUGGACAAGAUGUGCUGUUUGUUCUGCCAAGCCCUGAUGGAGUUGGAUAAUGAACAUGAUCAAUACCUAGAUUGCUUGUGGUCUCAACAUCUUUAAAAAGCACUUGCUCUAAUUGCAGCAUAACGCUAUUAGGAAAUACUCCUAAUUCAUUGACUCCCUCCAAGUCUACAUUGCUUGAGCAAGAAGUGAAGCAAGCAUCAUAUAUGCCUGCAGAGCCUGGCAGGAAGUAACAGAUGAGCUGUGUCAAGAACAGAAUGGGCAGAGUGAGUGUUACCAGAGUGAGUGCUACUAUUCUGCCAUCAGAGCAGUUUGAAUAUAAUUGUGUAAUGCAGGAACACAGCACAGCAACAACAGUGAAUAAGUUGUAGACUGGUGUUUAGGCUGCCUUUAAAUUACAGCUGAAUUUUCCACGAAAUAUGGCUGAACAAACAUCUAAGCAGUUUUACAGUACAUCUGUGCAGGUGAGUGACUGGGCUAUUCUGUAAUGUACCAAUUUCAUUAAUAAGCAUUUAUGUGCAAAGUUGUGACCUGAUGUAGCCGUGUCCAUAGGUUUGAGCAGAGUCAUGUCUAAAGACUUAUUUUUUUCCUUUGUUAUUGCCAUUAUGUUACCCAGAUACCUUUAUAAAGAACCAAUAUGAUGAGCCAACUAACUGUCUGAUAUUGUUAGCACUAUAUUCUGCAUGCUAGAUGUAGUGCGAGAUCAAGCUUGACAAUUAGAUAAACCAUUAUCAUAUCACACAUACUAUAAAGUGUUGGCUUUAAUACUCUGUAUAUACUUUAAACGAUGCCCACAGCAAGAGAUGCAACGGGCAUAGAGAUCCUGCAAACAGCACAGACUGUGACAAUUCAAGAUCUUUUCCAGGUGUAUAAUCUGACAGAACUCUCUGUGUGUGUGUGUGUGUGUGUGUGUGUGUCUGUGUGUGUGUGUGUGUCUUUCAUAGGCUAGUUAAUGGAACUGGAAGUGAUCGCGGAACAGGAAGUGGGUGAUUAGACCUCGUGGGAUGGGCCCUCUGCUGGUGUAGUGGUGUCAUUACCUGAAAUUAUGUAACUUGUAUACUUUUCUAAUGCUAUAGCAGUGUAUCAGUUUAGAUCAAUCACACAGACAUCAGUCAUCCAGCCAAUCUUGCAACAUAGCUAACAUUAUAAUUACCUUGUCAACUAUUUGCUAGCAAGAUAAACAUUUGAGGAACAAAAUGCUGACAGUCAUCAAAAGAAUGUUAAUUUUACAGUAAGUAAGGUGUUUGGGGAAAUUUGUCACAGUAAAGGUAUUGCUAUAGGUGUGAAGUAAAACCUAAGUUGACAGGAAUCUUCAUAUUCAUAAAAGACUUGAAAUAGUUCAAAAACAUACUUAAUU